AUUUAUAAGCCGACGGAGGUCGCUUACCUUUUUCAGGCAACCGACUAGCUUCAAUCUUAUCGCUGAGUAUGGUACGGUUGUAGUUGUCUAACCACCGUUUUCGAAGUUACAAAUAAUAACAAUCUAGUGCUGUCGAUAUGGCUGAAGCAAGCACUCCGGUACCAUUCCCUAUCGUAGAUAACUCGGAACAUGCAGCUGCAGAGAUAUCCCUUUCGUCAAUGGCCGUACCACCACCUGCACUGCCAGGUGCAAAGCAAAUAGGCGAUGCCUCGUCUCAGAAACCUUCUGGGAAAAUCGAGGCUCAGGCGCCAGAUGACAGCCUCGUUCCGCUCUCGUUUCCUGCAAUCUUGCGCAACCCAAAGCUUACGGAGCGAUAUGCCCACCUCCGCGAGCGCUCUGCCGCUGCACCCUCCAAGACCUCGAUUUCUAAAGUCCGUCGGGACGAACAUGAGGGGAAGCGCUGGAUACGCAGGAGGGAAAAUGCUAAAUUUACGGACAACCCUCAUGUUGUGCCGCCCUUGCGUGGUGAUCAUGCGGUCCCGGUCCCCUCGAAGCUCUCCACCUUUCCCAUACCGCUACCUCCGUAUCUUCCUCGGUCAAUUGUGCUACCCUCUACUGUUCCAGGUUCUCGAGACCCAACAACUGCCUCUGCUGGAUUGUUUUCCCUCUCAUUGAAGGGAGCCCGACGAGCAUUGAGAGCCAGACCAGGCGUUCGGAAUAUAGUAAAGGCGAUUGAGGGUCAUUUGUGUGCCUGGCUUGUGGGAGGGACGUACUUGGGAGAGGAUCAGGGUGUUGUUUUUCCGGGAGAGAAAGUUGGAGGGAGGGAUGAUGUACUAGAGGUAAGCAGACAGGCGCUCUGUCUUGUGUGGGUUGUUGGGAAGGAUGGUGCGGAUGGUGCAUUUGAGAGGUAUAUAGUACAUUGUCUGGCCCGGUGGUAUGGGGUUGUGAGUUUCAGUAAAGAGGUCGACGGCAAACGCCUGACAUAUCUACUGCGACCUCAAGUUACGCAAGUCAUAGCCUCAACACUCGACACGCCCCCUGCGACAGACGUUUCCCAAGUUGAUACCGAAUCAGAUUUCGUGUCUGACUUUGCAUCCGACAUAGAACAUGAAGCACAUGUUGGAGAGCUCUCGGCAAUUUCGGAGGCACCUUCUUCCCCAGCGGCUUGGUCUGUAAUCGGUGGAUCAGACUUUGAAUUGGACGAAGGGUUCGCAGCGUCUGUAGAGUCGCUCUCCCUAGACGCGGAAGCUAAUGAUUUGGAGAGGACCCCACGUGCAGCUAACGUACGAGACAGCGGCGGUAUAUACGUACGGAAUGCGCGUACCCGAUUUAGUGCGUGGAACGAGCAUCCGAGAAGCGGGUCGUCGCCAUCAAGGUCCCCUGCGAGGAGGCAACCGCUUAUGCGAAGGGCGGGGAAGAGAACGGGGAAGAAAGCAGGGAAAGGAACGUUUUAUGAUUAUUUAUUUGCCUGACCUAGUAGGGAUUGCUACCUGUUAACUGAUGGUCUAUAUCGAGCUUGAUUUCAGCUGGAGAUCAUCGGUACCGGCUGAUUUUGAUCUAUGAGAAAAAAAGGACUGUGUCACUUGGGCGCUGGUCGUUAGGCGUUGGGCACGGCAUUCGACCUUGAGCUCCUCUAUUGGAUUUGUUGCACAGGCAGGAGCCUCCGCAGAACACGCAGAGAAAAAACCGUGGCCAUUUUAAUUUUGCGGGUCUAUAUCCCAGAACCAACGGAAGGAUAUUCCUGGUGUUUGUACCUAUUUCAGGCACGACCAGACUAGUACGUACUAGUACCGUCAUAGAAUACAAUUAAAUAAUAAUUA